UGGGGGGUAAAUUCAGAGAGGGGAGGGAAGGGAAAGAGCCAGAAGCGAGCGAACAGCUGGAUUGAUUCCCCUGCUGGCAUUAGGGUAUAUUACAGCCUUUAACAUCCUGUCCUGCACUGUUCUCUCCCUAGCUUUUCCAGCCUGCUUCUCUGAGAGAAUCUGACACCCCAGACAGCAGAGGGCUGCUGGGGGCAAAUGGGAUCGUGGUGGCAAUUCCUUCUCCUAUCCAUCCCAUUGUCGCUGCCUGGAGACUUAGAUUACCUGGAAGGAAAUGGGGGCUGGCUGACGAACAAGUAUUUGGCUCUGAUGGAAGAAGACCACUGCACGGUGGAGAGGAGAGAUGCUUCCCUGACCUACUCCCAGUUCAUAGACCAAUAUGCCUUUUCCAGGCCUGUUGUUAUCCAGGGAAUCACGGACAACUCGGAAUUCCAGGCGCUCUGCACGAGGAACAAGCUGCUGGCAGAGUUCGGGGACCGCCUGGUGCGUCUCAGCACUGCUAACACCUACUCCUACCGUAAAGUGGAUGUGCCAUUCCAGGAAUACGUGGAGCACCUGCUGGAGCCUCAGGACCUGGCCUCCCUGGGCAGUGACACACACUAUUUCUUUGGAGACAAUAACUUCACAGAGUGGGGCUCCCUCUUCCAGAAAUACUUGCCACCUCCAUUCCAGAUUCCAGGCACCAGCGGGGCCUACAGCUUUGGGAUCGCUGGCUCCGGUUCUGGGGUUCCCUUUCACUGGCAUGGCCCGGGUUACUCAGAGGUGAUCUUCGGCAGAAAGCGCUGGUUUCUGUAUCCCCCCGAGAAAACCCCCGAGUUCCACCCCAACAAGACAACUCUAUCCUGGCUGCUGGACACAUACCCAUUCCUGCCGCCAGAGGACCGCCCUGUGGAGUGCACCAUUCACCCUGGUGAGGUCAGUCCUGCACCCCGGGGCCCAGUGAGCCAGCCAGCCCACCCCCUGCUGCAGCUGCUCAAGGGACCUGUAGAGUGCAUCAGCUUGGAACGCCAGGGGCUUUGUGUCCGGAGAGAGAGGGGAGAUUCGCUCGUGCUGCACAAGCAGAAGGGACCCUGACACAACAGUGUCUGGGAACCCCGACACAACAGUGUCUGGGAACCCCAGUGCUGAAGCUGGGCUGUCAGAGGACCAGGAAUCCCAACGCCAGCACUUCUGCACCAGAGCCAGGCCGCACAGUGACCAGGCAUGCACACCAGCACAAGCAGCUGUAAGAUUCCUGACACUGUUGCUUUCCAGACAGAAGGCCAGCUGUCACAGGAUUAGGUCCUGGGCUGGACUGGAAGGGGCCACGUCCCCUGAUGCUGGCAUUACCAUGCGGGAGGCCAACUGGGAGGUGUAAUGGGUGGGGCAGGGGAGAAAAGCAUGUAGAGUUACAGGCAGUGCCCAGCCAGGCCAGAAGGGGGAGCAGAGCUCAAGAGCCAGCCGGUAAAUGUGCAGAGAGAAGUGUUGGAUUAAAGCUCAGCAGAGAGAGGAACGAUGGGCCGGUGGAUUGGGCACUAGCCCAGGAUUUGGGAGAUUGGGGUUUGAUUUCCUGCUCUGCUCUAGGCAUCCUGUGUGAACCUGGGCAAGUCCUGUAGCCUCUCGGGGGGCAGGGGGAAUACAUUAGAGAUUGCAAGGCGCUCAGAUACUGCCUUGAUGGGGGCCCAACAGGUACAUGUCAGGGCUGGCAUCUGUUCCUAGCUGGCUAUCUGAUGUUACACAGAUAGCCAGUCUCUCUGGGCCUCAGCUGGGAAAUGUGGACAGCACUUCCUACCCUCUGGGACUGUGGUAGGGCUCACUUGGCAAUGCUGAGGGGCUCAAAUACUAGGGAGAUGGGUGUUCUAAAGAACCCUGAAUGUGACAGAGGAUCUGAAAGUCUUGUCUGUCAGAGGAUCUCAAAGCACUAUCUAUAAAUAGAUGUGCACACACUCUUAAGAAUUCAGCCACACACUCUAGCUCGGGAAGGAGGUCAGUAUCGGUGAUUUUGGCCUAGCCUAGCUGUAGAAGCUAGCUUACACGUGGGAGCAGGCAGCAGCUUUCUGCAGCACAGGAUCUGAUGAUCCUUCUCGCAGGGCAGGGCUGAGGCCUGCAUGAAGCACCAGCAAUUGAAAGGAGCUUGGGAGUGCCAAACCCUGCCAGUAGAGGGUCCUAGUCUGAUGCAGGACAAGCAUGAGUAGCAGCAUCCAGACAGCCCUAGCUGCAGCUUGAAUGCCACUCCCAGCAGGGAUUUUCAGAAAGGAGGGGCCUUGCAAUGGUCGGGGGGGGGGGGGGGGUAAAGUGCACGAGCCAGCUGGUGAAUGAAUAGGGAGACUGGGCUCCUGAUUAAGGCCCAGCAUCUGCUCAGAGAAAUGACACACUGAGCCCUGCCUUUGCUUUAACUAUGACCCUCUAGUUCUGAGCACUAAACAGAGCAUGUGGCCCUUGCCUAGAACAUACGCAGAGGCUAAACCACAAUGCCUGGGGGAGCUAGAGUCCACAUGGACACACAGCACAGCUCCCUCUGACUCAGCCUGCCACUGUCCCACAAAUUAAUCCUCCCCCACAAAUUAGCUAUUGAGUGGACAAGCCUAUUCAGAGGCAUUACAAUGUAGGCAAGUGGCCAGUCAGCCUCGGAGAAGCUCUCACUGGAAGCUAAGGUCACAGUUGAAAGCCCAGGCUGCCAGCCACUUUCUACAGGUAGAGCCCACACAAGAGGGCAGCUGUAUCAAGGCUGCGUGGCGAGUGAAGGACCAGGCAAGCAGCUCCCCCUCCCCUGCUUCUGUCUCCU